AUAAGCCAUGCCAUGCCAUACAUAAAACACUUAUCAGCUACGCUGGGGUCCUGGGUGCACACUGAUACACACGCAGCACACAACGCAACACUCCGACCAACAUGGCCAGUAAGAAAGCUGCAUCCAAGAGGGGCAAGAAUGCCCAGAGAGCCUCCUCAAAUGUCUUCUCCAUGUUUGAGCAGUCUCAGAUUCAGGAGUUUAAAGAGGCUUUUGGGUGCAUUGACCAGGACAGAGAUGGGGUCAUCAAAAAGCAGGACCUGAAAGAGACCUAUUCACAACUGGGCAAGCUGAAUGUGCCAGAUGAGGAGCUGGACGCCAUGCUGGCGGAGGGGACAGGGCCAAUCAACUUCACCGUCUUCCUCUCGCUUUUCGGGGAGAAACUCAACGGGACUGACCCAGAGGAGACAAUCCUCAAUGCCUUCAAACUGUUUGACCCCAAUGGCACAGGAUUCGUCAACAAAGAUGAGUUUCAAAGGCUUCUCAUGAACCAAGCAGACAAAUUCACUGCUCAGGAGGUGGAACAAGCGUUUUCUGUAGCACCCAUUGACGUGAGCGGAAACAUCGACUACAAGUCACUCUGCUACAUCAUCACACAUGGAGAUGAGAAGGAGGAGUCUUAACCCUGCCAAACCUGGGAUGAAAGAAGCCUUCCAUGUUAUGCAAGUGUCUAUCAGAUGUUGGGGAUGUUGACCAGAGAUGGUUUCGAUCUCUGUGUUGACCAACCCAGAAAUGUGUCUUUUAAUAAAAAUUAAAUAUCCCUGCAUAUCUAUUGGAAA